GGCACGUGAUCAUAACGCGUUCAAAUUAACUCACGAUCACUUGACUUCGACCUUUCUCCUACAUACUUCCGAUAAUUUUUUUUGCGAUUGCCCGCCAUACAUCCCACACACAUAUAUCGCUACACUAUAAUUUUGCCACAACUCAGUAUUAUGCUUACAGUCAUUUCUGCAUUUCAAGCCAAACGGGCGGGACGCCUCUUCGUGCACACGGCCACCCUUUCAAUGUCCUUUGAGCCUCUCGCGCGGCGCUGCUACAGAGGCUCACUCGCCGUUUUCAAAACGCCUUUGAAUAUAACACUAUUCGUUGUGAUCGUCUUUAUCCAGCUCGCCCUCAACGCUUACGGGUACUUCAAGAAGAAUAACGGUCAAGAGGCCAAAGACAAGAAUACAAACCGGAGCUCAUGUACUCAGUUUGACUCGGAGAGGUUUGAAGCGGAUGUAUCAGUCAACAAGGAAGACAGAGAAGACCCUCUUGACGAGGGAAGUUCUCGGAACAUUCACCCAUCCCUGGAAUUGCAACUGUCGGCUGUAAGGUUAGCGUCUACAUUCAUAGCCCCCCUGACUCGUGAAGACUCGAGCGUAUAUCUCGAUUCCGCGACAAGCACUCGCACGCGUCGUAUCCGUCGGCUCGUAUCCCACAUCAAGCUGCGCCCCGCCAAAGAAGAACCAGUCCACUUUCACGACAAGAAGAUUCCAAAAAUCAACUCGGAGUAUCGUAGGAGUCAAACGCAGGAAGAAGAAGCUCUGGUACAAGACUCAAGCCGGACCCGGAUACUACGGAUUUCAAACCAGCCGCUGGUUCAGCAGGUGACUCACGCUGUGUCGUUGGUUUUCCGCACCCCACUACGCCUUCCGAAGAACACCGUGACUGUGACCUGUCACGCCCCUGAGUCUGUCGAACGGCCUAUCAGUGAUGUAGUUACAUUCACAUAUCCACCGUAUCCAGUCAGUAAGAUGGCUGACUCAAGCGAAAGGAAGUGGCCAUGGCAGACGCGAGAGUUGUGUAUAGAAGCCUAGACAAUCAACUCAUUGAAAUCUCUCUGUAAAUUAUCGUAGGGGCUUCGUUUGAAUCCAUCCCUAAAACAGCC